UUUUUUCCCCAUCUUUUAUUUAUCCUCCUCCCUCCUUUUCCCUUUCUUUUUUAAGGGAGCGGAGACAAGUCAAGCUUCAUCUUGAUGUUKCUGCGGGAGUUUCGGUAAAUGUCCAUCUGUCUGAUGAGCGUGAUGCAAAGGACAUUUUUGAAAAGGAGCCUUCUAACUCCGUAGACACGUAGGGACCCAUUCACGGGCAGGCACACACACGCGAGGAGGAGGAAGAAGAAGAAACAACUUUACGAUCGCUGCUUUUAAAAGGGAGAAGCCUUUUCCCUGGCUGGGACUUGCCUUCUGCCUCCUCUCAACCAGCUGCUAAAAGUAUGUUUCCGAGGCGGACUGCACUUCAGGGAGCUUCUAUUUUCUGCUCGGCAGCUGUAGAGGAACAGCAGCGAAGUUUGGAGUAACACCAAGUGAUGCGGGAAAAACACCCCGAGAGCAGAACACCCUCCUGCAGACACAACCCCUGCUGCUGCACACAGGUUGAUCAUGGUUGCCGUGACCCGCUCGCUCCUGGCGCUGCUGCUCUGCCAGGCGCUGCUGGGCGGCGCGGCUGGGCUCAUGCCGGAGGUGGGUCGGCGGCGCUUCAGCGAGCCGGGCCGCGCCGCCUCGGCCGCGCAGCGCCCCGAGGACCUGCUCAGCGAGUUCGAGCUGCGCCUGCUCCACAUGUUCGGGUUGAAGCGGCGGCCCAGCCCCGGCAAGGACGUCGUCAUCCCGCCCUACAUGCUGGACCUCUACCGCCUGCACGCGGGGCAGCAGCUGGGGCAGCCGGCGGCGCUGGGUUUCCCGCUGGAGCGGGCGGCCAGCCGCGCCAACACCGUCCGCAGCUUCCACCACGAAGAAGUUUUGGAAGAACUGCCAGAAACGAGUGGGAAAACAUCACGACGUUUCUUCUUUAAUUUAACUUCCAUCCCUGACGAGGAGUCUAUCACCUCAGCUGAACUCCAGAUUUUUCGGAAACAGGUGCACGGAGCCUUUGAGAACAACAGCAGCUACCAUCACCGUAUUAAUAUUUAUGAAAUUAUAAAGCCAGCCACAGCCACCUCUAAGGACCCUGUCACAAGACUUUUGGACACCAGGCCCAGUGGAAGGACCCCCCCUCCUCUGUUUCCACUGAAAUUCAUCCAGGAAUGCAAGUGGAAACAAAAUCAGGAAAGAACAGAAAGGACGGAUGUUGCUUGGCUGCUGGGGAUUUGGCAGUCUGACUCCUGCUCCAUGCCCUGCCUUCAGAUUUCUGCCUCACCUCAGGAUGGUGAGAUGGAUGUCUCACCUCUCUGCCAGCUGUGACAAACACGGGGGGCUGAGCUGCAGCAGGAGAUGUGUCACCUCCCCCACCCGCUCUGCUGGCGAGAGUGGCUUCAUUCUGCAAAAGAAGCACAGAGAGAGACGCUGAAAUUGCCAAGUGGGAAUUCAGUUUGUGUUCACGCUGAGAGCUGGCCAAAGAAGGAGAAAACAUCCAUCUCAGGAGGGUUUUCAAGAUUUGGACAUUUGGCUUCACGUUUUGGUAUGUUCAAACAUGUCAACCCCCAUCAAGGGAAAAAAGAGGAAGAACAAACAACCCAGUCUGCUAAAGUCAGGGCUGCCAUGGCUAAAAAGUUUCUGAAGCACAUGGCUAAAAAUAGAUUAGUCUAAACCCAUGAUGUGAACACAAAUCCACUCCCCACGAGUGGAUACUGUGGGGUUCCUUUCUCUCUUGUGCUAAGAAAACCUGUAAUAUUAGGAAGUCAAAUGCAAAAUAAGCUCUUAAAAAUAAUAACAACCCUCCUACCAAAAUUAAAACUCAGCCGUGCAACUUCCACGCUCCUCAGCGGUGUAUUUGCAUUUGAGAAAAUUCAUGGUAAAGAUUUUACUUACCUGAGUUUUGGGUGUCUCCAUUAUUAGUAGGCCACAAAUGAAUUGAGUGGAUGAUGCAAAAAUGAGUGCCAAUAAAAUAUUUACACCAAUUCUU